GAGCUCUCCAAUUUUCUCGAACUUGCGCUUCGCUGAUCCUCCUUCGCCACGCCACCAUGGGUUCGAUCGUACUGCCUCACCUUCGAAGUGCCUGGCAUGUUGACCAGGCUAUCCUCUCAGAGGAGGAGCGCCUCGUUGUGAUCCGCUUCGGGCGCGAUCACGAUCCCGACUGUAUUCGCCAGGACGAAGUCCUUUACAAGAUCGCCGAACGAGUGAAGAACUUUGCCGUCAUUUACCUGUGCGACAUCGACGAGGUCCCCGAUUUCAACUCAAUGUACGAGCUGUACGAUACGAUGACGAUCAUGUUCUUUUACCGCAAUAAACACAUGAUGUGCGAUUUCGGAACGGGUAACAAUAACAAGUUGAACUGGGUAUUGGAGGACAAGCAGGAGUUGAUCGAUAUUAUUGAAACCAUCUAUAAGGGCGCGAAGAAGGGCCGUGGUCUCGUUGUCAGUCCCAAGGAUUAUUCGACGAGAUACCGGUACUGAGUGCGACGCCCAUAUACCCGACGAAUGGCGAUUUCGACAGACUUCGGUGGCGGCUGCACCUUUUUAUGAAUAUUAUGACCAUAACUGCCGAGAGAGACAUGAAUACAAAAUAAAACGUUAGAGAUAUGCGUUUCUGCAGUUCCCAAAUACAGCAUUCGCUUUUUGUGGCGGCCACAUCCGCCUGCCAAGUUCCCCCA